GAUCUAAAUAAGAGGGUCUCCUGCUUUGUCUUUCUCACCUUCCUUCCGUCUCUCUCUCUCCAGACGCGCUCCAUGUGCCUCAGAGGUGUUUGAUUCCCUCCAGCUCACCCAGAGGCAGCUCUUUAGAGAUGCUUUAACCUUGUAAGCUGCCCUGUGGGGGGUUUCAGCUGCAGCAACAACGGCAUUUGUUCUUGUAUUCAAAGGGAGAGGAAGUGCGGUGGUUUUACGCAUGGAGGUUGGCACCAGCCUGUUUACGCAGGACUCCUCGGCAUUAGAAGUCAGGGAGUGAGCAACCAUGCGGGGCACGGAGCUGCUGCUCGGUUACUUUCUGGUAAAAGUUCUGGUUUGUGACGCGGAGGGCGAGCUGGAUCAGAGCGCGGAUGACUUCAUCAUAGUAACCGGGUUUAACGAGUCUGUGGACGGGGAGAGCGCGGCCACGGAGAACCCCCACACGGAGGACAAGUGCAGUGGCUACUACGACGUGAUGGGCCAGUGGGACCCGCCGUUCGUGUGCAGGACAGGCAGCUAUCUGUACUGCUGCGGCACCUGUGGCUUCAGGUUCUGCUGCGAGUACAAGAGCUCCAGACUGGACCAGACCACCUGUAAGAACUACGACACCCCCCCGUGGAUGAUGACCGGCAGGCCUCCACCUAAAGUAGACGUGACGUCAGAGUCAGCCAAGGAUAAAACCAACCUGAUAGUCUACGUCAUUUGCGGGGUCGUUGCCAUCAUGGCCCUGAUUGGGAUUUUCACCAAGCUUGGCUUGGAAAAGACGCACCGGCCCAACAGAGACAACAUGUCCAGAGCUCUUGCACACGUGAUCCGUCAUCCUGCAUCAGAACACACAGACGACCUCAGACUCGACCAGCAUUACGAGAACAUCCACACCAGACUGAUGUUUGACAGUUUCCACAACACUCAGAUGAAUAAUGUGGCUCAAUCACCAAGUUUGGUAAGUCAGCCAUAUCCAGCAGUGGGACAGAUCACCAGUCCAUAUGAAGAAAUGCCUAUCGUCAGCCCGUAUGAGCAGACGCCCAUCAAAGAAUUCAACAAAUACACAUUACUCAAGGCUGUGGCAGAGAAAGUGAACGAUCAAAGCAACAGACGACAAGUAAUGGAGAUGACGACCAAGGGUGGCCUGCCCAUGGAAGGUGUGGACACGGAACCAGAGCCGCGUAACCCUUACAGUCCACCCAGGCAGCGUUCGUCAAAGCAGAAAGGACACAACUACAGAAGCCACAGGAGCAACAGCUCACAGUCCCUGUACUACAGCUCCAACACUAUAACCAGCCCAGGGGGGCUAAGAUCCUGGCAGAGCAAAGACACACUGGGACACCAGCAGUGCCAUGGCCAAAAGAAACACAGCGUCAUGGAGAACGAGUUACAUAACACUCUCUACAUGCCUCCACAACCAUACUUUGUUACCAACAGCAAAACGGAGGUGACAGUAUGAACGACGGUCAUGAUCUCUCUUGAAAGAAACCUGCUUCUAAAAGACAGAAGCUCCUGAUUCUGACAGGAAAGCAGCCUGGACUUUCUGCACAUAUGUAUGGAAUGGGCUGCAUUAACGAUGGGGUGAGCUGUACUGUAACAGGACUCUCAGUCGAUGAUUGUGCCCCAUGUAACGAAUAUAUUGUGUUUGAUGCUCAUAUAAUCCCACUGCUAAGGUUGUUUAACUUGUAUAUCACAGUGUGACACGUUGAACCCUGACACCAUGACACCAUGCUGAGGCACCAGAGUCGGAUCUGAAAGCUAUGAUCAGCUGAAAGGAAAGAAAAUCAUUCUUAUCCAGUUUUGAUUAGGACAUGGAUGAUGAAACAGGACAUUGCUUGUUGUGUGUGAAAAUGUCUUAAACUAUUUACGUGCUCAACAAUCAUGUAUCCUCUAAAUGUUGCCUCAUAUGCAAUAUCCCUGAUUAUUUCUAUUCUGUUUCAAUUAUUUGAACUAAACUAUUUAUCAUGAAUUGUUACCACGUAUUAUGAGCCCUCCUGAGUAUUAAUAAAUUUUAUAAUACUUCAAAAUGUCUAAAACUGCCAACUUGACAGAAAAUUGUACAAAUUUGGAAAAUCCUGUUUUUUUAACGUAUUAUUUAAAGUGUUUGACCUUUAUUAAACAGUUACAUUAAUUUA